GAGGAGAUAGUGGGACUGGCGUCGGCGACGAGCGCUUCCAGUGGUCACGGUGCUCGGGUGAGGACGUCUCCUCAGACCGCCGUCUCUGGGCCGAGGUGACGGCUGAACGAGGAGGGCCGUCCACUACCUUUCAGACGAGGGUACCCUAGAAGCUUCGUCUUCAACGUCCUGCCACGAGCCAGGACACCGCGCCGCCGACUCACUGAACACGAUCGAUUCUGCCGACACACCACUCAGGGUGUUGAUGUUCGGCGCAGUUCCAGACAGGAACAAAGGCCGACGGAGGAGCCGGAGCCGCACGAGCUGCACUGCGUCCACCGGCCGGGUCAGUGGACAGAGCGGGUGAUCCAACAGUGUGUGGACGGUACUGAGUCCUGCCCACCGGAGCCGACCACGGCGGAGGCGGCGAAUAUCAGAUGGAGAUGACAGAUGUGCGUGAAGACCUGGCCGCCUUUCGCCGGGAGGUGUCCGCCCUUCGUGAAGUGGUGUCCGCCCUUCGUGAAGAGAUGUUCGCCCUUCGUGGAGUGGUGGCCCCCCUUCGUGAAAAAGUGACCAUUCUAAACGAGGUGGUGGCAAAAGACAAUAAGGAGACAAAGAAGCUCAAGGGGGAGUACGCCGCACUUCACGAUGCGAUGGUCCGCCUGGAGCAGGCAAUUAUCGAAGAGCGGACCACUCGCCAGACCGUGGUGGAGGAUCUGCGGCAGGAGGUCCGCCGGCGAGCGGCGCCAUCCGGCCGUCCCCAGGGUAAAAUUACAAAAGCGUUUCAUGACGUCACGGCACAGACGGAGCCCCAGCCAUCGGCACACAGUGACGUCAUAGUACAGACGGAGCCCCAGCCAUCGGCAGACAGUGAUACCACAGUGCUGAGAGAGGCGCUAAGGACCGUGACGACGUUCGACGCUCCGUCGGCCAUUGGCGAGGAUCAGCUGACGGCGCUCCUGCAGAGUCUUCCCCACUUGGAGGAGCUGACCGUCAGGGUCCCGUCCUUCGGAACGGGGCGGUGGCUGCGGCUGCUGCCGACGUCACUGAGGACGCUAUACGUUGCCGGGCCGGAGAUGACGGAGCCGAGGUGGCCGGGAUGGUACGGGAAUGGUCUGUCGGUAUCUCUCCAGGGGGUGGCUGCCGACACCAUCAGUCACCUGGCCACGGAGCUGGGGUCACGGAUUACCCUACUAGUCACGGAUGCACAAGUUACUACUAUUCCAAGUCAACUUCGUGAUGCCAUCAUCAGGGUGGGCCCAAACACUAUUAUCCUUCCGGCCGGAGUCGGUGACAGCGAGCUGACGGAGCUGCGGAGCUCACGGGAGACUGUGGAGCGGCUGUCAGUCUCCACCGCCGACCUCCCGCGACUGAGGGGGCAGCUGCCGGAGGGCCUCAAGCGCCUCAAUGUCAGAGGGCCGAAGGUGACGAAGCCGAGGUGGCCGGGAUGGUCCCCGUCGGAUGGGCUGUCAGUGUCGCUCCAGGGGGUGGCUGCCGACACCAUCAGUCACCUGGCUGACCUGGGACGGACGGUCACACUACUGGAGAUAUACGACUGUCCUGAUCUCACGGCCGGCAGCCUGGAGCCCCUCACCAGGUGCCCUGAGCUGCUCAGUCUCACCUUGUCCGGUGGCGUCCCUGACACCGUGAGCCUGGAGCCCCUCACCAGGUGCCCUGAGCUGCGAUGCCUAUCAGUCACCGCCGCCGACCUUCCGCGACUGAGGGGGCAGCUGCCGGAGGGCCUCAUACUCCUCAAUGUCAGAGGGCCGGAGGUGACGGAGCCGAGCUGGCCGGGAUGGGACGAGGAUGAUGAUCUGUCAGUGUCGCUCCAGGGGGUGGCUGCCGACACCAUCAGUCACCUGGCUGACCUGCGACGGACGGUCAGAGUACUAGAGAUAUACGACUGUCCUGAUCUCACGGCCGGCAGUCUGGAGCCCCUCACCAGGUGCCCUGGGCUGUGGUGGCUCACCCUGUCCGGCGGCGUCCAUGACGCCGUGCUGGACAGUCUCAGCGGCUGCCCCGGGCUGAAGGUCCUUACACUGGGGAACCGCCAGCGGCCGGCAGAGACGGCCUUCACAGCAGCAGCGUACACCAGACUGGUGAAGUCGUGUCGGAAGCUGCAGGAGCUGUGGCUUCACUGCACGGCAGACACCGGCCAGGCCGUGCUGACCGCCCUGAAGGAGGCGGACCUGGGCCGGGACAGUGAUGGCCGGCCCCGUAUCAUCAAUCUCAUUGUCCCCGAGGAGCUGUGGCGUCAGCUGGAGAGACAGGAAGGCGGUCGGGUCACAGUGUAUCCGUGGUAGUAUUGCUGCGCUGCACUACCGACCGUGCAGUGAUGAGCUGACUGCAGAGAGGCCGAGCCAGUCGGCCGGGGCCGCCAGCUGACUGCUGCCGUGUGUGCUGCACCAGCCGGCACUGAGAGCGGCGCCGGUCAGCCGGCACACGGCCCCGGUGUCCGCUCUAGUGUAGUCAUGUAGUUUUAGUAGUUGUAGUGUAGAUGUAGUAGUAGCACACGCAUGUGAUGUAGUGGGUAAUUACCGGGUGGGUAUUGUGGGUAAUUGGCUGGAACGAUGUGAUCUAGUGGGUAAUUACCGGGCGGAUAUUGUGGGUAGUUGGCUGGAAGGAUGUGACCUGGUGGGUAAUUACCGGGCGAGUAUUGUGGGUAAUUGGACAGUGAAAAGUGAUGUAGUGGGUAAAUACCGGGCGGGUACUGUGGGUAAUUGGACGGAGGUAUGUGAUGUAGUGGGUAAUUACCGGGCGGGUAUUGUGGGUAAUUGGACAGUGAAAAGUGAUGUGCUGGAGAGACUACCGAUCGUGGCAUUACGCUAUUCUGUAUGUAGAACCCACGUCUCUGGCCGUCCGACUCGGUUCACCGCGCCUGGUCCCGGCGGCACGGCCGGCCUCGGUCACGUGACCGUCCCCCGGUGGAGUCGGACGGCUCGGUCACGUGACCGCUCCCCCCGGGUCUGGCUGCACCUCGGCUCGGCGGUGCUGAGCGCCGUGCUGAGCGUGUUGUGACACGUCCCACACGGACAGCUCUACUCGACUACUGGCUAGCUGCCGUCCGAGCUGGCAGUAUCCACGCGGUGCCAGUUCAGACGGCGGCCGGCCGCGCCGCGCCCGCCCGCUCCGGUCCCGGCCGGCGGCCGUCACCCGGCCCGGGGCGGGGACCGGUCCGUCAGCUGACCAUUGGUCCGUCAGCUGAUUGGUCCGUCAGCUGAUUGGUCCGUCAGCUGAUUGGUCCGUCAGCUGAUUGGUCCGUCAGCUGCCCCGCUCUCCACUGGCGGAGCGUGGCGCACGCCGAGACUGGAGACGUCAAACACAUGUCUACUACAUACACGAGAGGAGACGCUUCAGCUGUACUAUAUGUAGCCUAGGGCAAUUAGUUACCGGGCGAGUAUGGUGGGUAAUUGGAUGAAGUGAUGCGAUGUAGUGGGUAAUUACCGGUCGGGUAUUGUGGAUAAUGUAACCCUGGGUAUGAUAUAGCCGGCUAUCCAACGGUCGGAUAUAGUCAGCUGGAUGCUACUGAAUUGUGUAGAGCUCUUACGGCACCGGUCAUAACGAGUGUCCUCGCGUCUGUCCGACUCGGUUCACGGAAGCACGCCGUCACGGCCCGGGGGCGCGCCGCCAUGUUUUGUGUCCUCUGCUUCGUACAGGGGGGUAAUUGGGCUACCGACCGAUUGGGAGUCGGAGUCGGAGUCCGUGUCGAUCAAGCUGCCUUGACUCCGACUCCGGAACGGCUUUUUAGAUUUUAGUUAUCACUUGGCCAUGCUACUGAUAAUCGGCUGCGCUUUGACUAAUACAUUUUACACAUG